AUGAAGACAGCCGCUGUCAAAGCCGCCGCCGUCACAGCCGCCAAAGUGGCGGCCACUUUUUUUCCAGCUCGAAAUUUUAUCGCGACUAAUUUGGCUGUUGUGGUUGUCCUUGAAUCGUUAUUCGCUCGACAGAUCCGCGACGGCGACGUGAACGUGGCCGUGGUGGCCCUGGACUCCGUGGAGCGGUCCGACGACGGCCUGUACGGCUGCACUGCCCGCAACGACGGCGGCGAGGCGUACGUCAACGGCCACUUGGAAGUCCAAUUCCCGCCGUCGUUCGACGCCAUGCCGAACGUGGACGUGUACUAUUCGUGGAACGACAACCCCAUCAACCUCACGUGCAUCGCAGAGUCCAUCCCGAAUGCCACGAUCCGCUGGUACUUUAGCUCCAACCGAGUCGAGGCGUCGAGAAACAAGCAGUUGACUGUGAUUGGCGAAGGGCCGAAAAGCAUCUUGCAGGUCACACCAAAGGAUACCACUCAUUACACUUCUUACACGUGCCAUGCGCAGAAUUUGUUGGGAGAUGCCGAGUAUGUCAUGAAGCUGACUGAAGCUUAUCCACCGGAAAGCAUUCAACAAGCCAUAAUUAUCGAAGAAGAGUCUACAGCGGAUAUGGUGACGUUCCGGUUUGUUGGGCCCAGGGAAAUCAGCGGCCUGGAGGUGGACGCGUAUUUGGUGCAGUACAGGAGAUACGAUCAGUCCUGGGCGGACGCGAGGCGCCGCAUCUGGACCAAGGGAACACCGUACGUGCUCGAGGACCUGCAGCCACGGGAAACGUAUGCCUUCCGGUUUGCGGCCCGGAACCCAGUGGGCACCGGAGACUGGGCGGCCGACGUGACGAGGCAGAUGCCCGAGGAAGGGCCGCCGUUCCGGCCCGUCAUCGAAGGGGCGCCCAUCAGCGACACCGACUUCACGCAGACCCCGUACCCCGACAGGUACGAGUUGAGAUGGCAGGUGCCGCCAGCAAAUGGACGCCCCAUCGACUCGUUCGAAGUGUCGUUCCACAAGGUUGUGAGAGACAAGUCGACAGGAAUGUGGACCCAGGACGGACCCAAGCACACCAAGAGCAGACCCUACCCGGGGGGCAGUCUGGUGAUGUCCUUGAAUGGCCUGGAUGCGGACACUUUCUACCAGGUGGAGCUGCGAGCGCACAACAUCAUCGGCUUUUCCCACCCGGGACUCACUGUUUUCAAGACCGAAAGGUCACACAAUCAACCCCCACCGGAAACGGAGAAGGUGAAGUCCGCAUCUGACGAUUCGGAGGCAUCUUCCACAACUGUUGAAACUGCCGAGGAAACUUACGGACUAGUGAUCGGCGUCGUCGCGGUUGUUCUGCUCAUCCUCAUCGUUGUCGAUUUCAUCUUGUGCAGGAAGCAGAAAGGGUUGAUGUACAAGGUGUCACGCAUGUGCCAUCGAGAUUCAUACUCGGCCAAGCAUUACACCCUAGAAGAGGGCAAGGGGGACAAGGAUCCGAAACUGGUUCUCAACGAUGCAGAAAAAGUCAGCUCGGAAACUGCGCCGAUGAUAUCCGAACCGGUUGCCUCCAGGUCAUCCAAGGCAAUUCCGCCAUUUUCAUCAACAGCCGCCAAAGUGGCAGCCAAUGUGGCAGCUGUGGAGGCAGCUGUUGAUGAAAAUUACGGAAUUACCUUGGAAUACCUGGAGGCAACCCUAUUGGAAUUAAUGCCAUGUUAA